AUCUUUAUUGUUUUGAACGAUACACGGUUUUUAUAAACAUAAUUUCUACAUGUUGAAAUACUAAUAUUCAAGCCUAUUUUGAAUAAAACAAAUUGAGUUCGCCGCUGACUAACAAUUCCACCCUCCUUCAACACUAACCACCACUACGGACAUUUAAUCCUAGUUAAAAGUAUUAUAGUGAUGAUAUUUGAAACUUACUAGUACAUUGGUCGACUUCAAGUAUGAGAGUUUAUAAAACUGACGGAAGUUACGUGGAAGAUAACGACUCGGAAUUCGGUUGGUACUUCUACGAAAUUAUGGUAGAUGAAGCUGAUGAACGUUUUGAAAGAAUUAACAGAGAAACAAGAUUAUUUUCGAAGUUAAAUAAAAAAAUUUCGGAAAAUAUCGAAUCAAUAGAUUUGAUCAAUUUUGAAGACUCGACCUCUGAUCCCGUGAAAAAUAUCAAUCCUGAUAUAGAAAUAGAAGAAAUUAUUGAAGUGGAAUCAUACAAUAGAGGAGAAGAUGAAUGUUUUAAAGAUAUUGAUCUUGAAUUUCCUCCAAAAGAAAAGUUAUCAGAAUUAAUCAAUCCCUGUAACACUGAAACUAAGAUGUUGUUGUCUGUUGUGAAUUUUCCAAGAUAUCGUGCUCUCAUGAAACAAGAAGCCACAAACAAACUAAUGGAAAAUUUAAAUCCAAAAAGUACUAAUUACAAAAAUCUUAUUAAAGAUAAACGCACAAGUAUAACUGAAGAUAUGGUUAAUGAAAUAGUCAAUUACCAUGCCACGAAAGAAGAUACCAUGAUGUCGCUUAUGAUGGAAUUAAUUUUAACAGAUGUUGAUUGCAGUUUAGAAGAUAUUGUAGAAGUAGAUGAAAAAGAGAAAAACGUUUCACAAGUACCUCAGUUUGUUAUAGAAAAUUACGAUUCGGUGAACAAUCUGCCAAGUAUAAGAUCGAACAAAAGCGAAGGUAUUGUACGUAACAAUUAUCUGCAAGUGCCGAACCGGGAGAAUAUUUUGAGUAGCUUGGGUCUUAGUGAGGAGGAUAAGAGCAUACAGAGUUUCUGCGAGGAAACUUUCGAGAUGCACCAGGAGUUAGCCGAUAUUAGAAAAAGCUUUCAGGAGGACACCGAUAAAGUAUACGACCUGCUAAAACAAACAAGUGCCUUAAAAAACGAUUUAAGAGAAACCUUGUACCUCAAUGACAUCAUCAAUCUUUUGAAGGGUGACAUAGAAAAAGUUAAACUGAAGAAGCUCCCCUUCCGCAUAUUUUACGCGCGAAUCGAAGAGGGUGAACCGGAAAUCAACCUCAUUAUAUAAAACUCCAUUCCAGUGUUAUGAUCACAAUCGGAUUAUAAAGACGUAUUGUAAGUUAUAUCAUUGUAUAAAGAAUAGGAUAGUAGGUUAACCUUAUGAGGAUAUCAUUUGACGAGGUGGACGCCACCAAUAGAUGGCAGUGGAGAGUUGGCGUCCACAGCACGUCUUUUCUUACUGUACUGUACUGUACUGUACUGUACUGUACUACUGCUUGCAUUACGUGAUUUUUUAGCUUUGGUUGCCGAAUUUCCCCAACAACAGAUGGCGCCAAAAUUAUUUAAAAUAUUAUAUUUAACCCUUAAGCUGUGUUGUAAAGUUUCUUAUUUUGGGUGCCUAUAGCAAAGUUGCAAUUUGAGUUCAUUAUUGUAUUGUGUUCGUUGUGUUAUUGUUGAGUUUCGUUGGUUGUGCAUUUGGAUUAUUUUUUUAUUUGAGAAUCUUUGAACUUGGAUAUAUAUUUCAUUUUUAAGGUAAGUGGAUAUUAUUACAAUUAAUAUACAUCACCACUAGCUCUCUUAGUUAAUAUAUUCAAAUUAUAAGAGGCGCUAGAUGUAUAAAUGCUACAGCUUACAAUUUCGAAACAAAACUGUAUAUUUAGCGAACUACUUACUAAAAUGUAUUUAUAUAACAAAUAAUCACUUCUUCUUUUCAAUUUUUUAGAAAUGGCUGGAAAUAAGCGUGUUUAUUUCAAGUGUGGACUAUGUAAGAGAUCAGAUCCUACAAUUAAAAUGUACCGAUUUCCUGUGAAUGACCCUAUCAGAUGUCGAAAAUGGAUCAUACACUCGGGUGAGUUAUUCUUAAUAGACAAUUAUUUUUCAUAAAGGAAUAAAAAAUAGUGAAUGUGAAUAAAUGACUGUUCACAAAUGUUCAAUACUAAACAUAAGUAGGUAUUUAAUUAUCGUCAAAUAAAAGAUAAUUCGUCCAAUAGUUUUUUCUGAUAAUGAAUAUUUGUAUUAUGGUCGCAUUGAAUAUUAUACAAGUACAAUGAUUUACUACAAAUUCCAAAUCCAUUCAAUCUUAUAAACUUAUCAAAAGUACUUGAAUCAUACCUAAAUUUAAACUUAAAAGCCACCUUUAUAGUAAAGAAAUAUUUUUUGAAAAUAUUUCAAACUUAUACAUAAAUACAACUAACCGAAUACUGAACUUUAAUAUUUCACAAAAAUUGAAAUAGUAUUUUUUUUUAUUUUUUUAUGUUUAUGAACUAAGCACAUAAUAAUAAGGUAAUGCGUCUGUGUGUUUAUAUUUGGAAAUUAUCCUGUCAAUGAGGCAAAAAUUUCACAUGUUCAAAUGUAUAGAGACUUUUUUUUAUCACAUAUUAUAAUAUGGUUAUAAUACUAAUAAUUUUGUUUUAUCCAGCAUAGAAUGUUUGAAUGAAAUAAUAUCAAAUACUAGUUUUAUUUGAAUACAAAUUUACUAUAGACAUGUACCAACAAAUCUUCGAUAUGACGUUUCGUGCCUUCACGAGGAAAACAUAUAGGUUUUUAAUGAGGAUAUGCUUAUUUACUAUAAUUAUUAGUCAAUUUAAGCAAUAUAGCACACUUUUAUCUCGAAUAACUAACAUCACUAAUGAUUAUUCUUAAAUACGUUUCUGUCGUAGAUACUCGUUUUGAUUUUAUCAUAAAAUGUACUGAGAGCUUUACUUUAAACAUUACCUGGUAUUUUCGAUAUAAAAAAGAACUUUUUUAACCAAUUUCCCUCCAUAAUAUAAUCACCAUUUUUGUCCAUUGUUCAUUUUUGUCCUCGUAUUUAUUAAGGGUAAGAAUAUAGUAAUGCCAUAUACCAUCUUACGAUUGCUGAAUACUUUCAAUAAAAAUGAAUUUUAGUUUCAAUUUUAUUAUAUAUAUUGGAAAAAACACAUUUAACAAGAGAUAAUUUUAUUUGCUAUUAAGUACCCGCUUUUAUGACCAUAUAUAGGUACUUGUUCAGAUAAGUAGACCUUUUGCCUGCUUUUAUUAUACCAUUAAACAAACAGAUGGUUUUAUAUUUAACUCAACAAUGAGCUCAGUUUUAAAAUUUCUAUAUUAUUUUGUGGUCAAUCUAAAAAGUAUAAAUAGUUAAUACAAUAAAUGAUAUUUUCGAUUAUUAUAACUUUUGGCUCUCCAAUGUGAAACCAAGACCGGUCCUGGGUUAGUAUAAAUAUCUUUACACAAUGAUAAAACUGACAAAACGAUUAUAAGUAGGUAUUUUAGUAGUAGUUGAUAGGACAAAUUUUUUUUCUUCAUUAGAAAGAGUUUUUUUUAUUUAUUGGUCUUAUCCAAAUUUUCGCAUUGAUCCGUAACUUUCAAUACAAAGCCAAUGAAUAUAAUAUUUAUAUUAAAAUCAGAUUAUUUAAAUAUCUUUGGUACGUAUGUACUUAUUAGUAUAUUUUUUAUUUCUGGUUUUGCUACACUUCUUUGGAAUGGUCUUUUUUGUUUGAUUUUAAAAACCCUUAUUAAAGAAAAGUAUGAAAGUGUUUUCACCGUUGUUGUGAGCAUACCAAGAAUUUUAAUGAUAUGUAGUUGUUUUUGAGAAUGAUACACAGGUAUGGAAUUAUCUUAAAACAAUUCGGGAAAAUUCUGUCAUUCCGACGAUGAUAUAAGAUACAAUUAGGGAAAUUCCAAAUAAGGGUACUACUAGUCAUUAUUCCAUUUAUGCCCGUUAUUGAAAUAAAAUAAAUUCAAGUUUUUGAACAUAAAAAAAUACUUUACCAUAACCAUUACAAUACAUUGAUGUUCCUCAUUUCAGGUAAUGCUGUUUUGGCAAACUUAAGCUAGAAAUCACUAAGAAAUAAGCUGAUCUGCAGCAAACAUUUCAGUGAAAAUAUUAGUCAAUCUAAAAGAUUGCCUACUACUGCUGUACCAUUCCGCUACAAAAAUUACAAAAAUGAUGAAGUUUCAGAAAGUGAAUCGGAUAGGGAAAAUUUGGAUGAACAAAUAAUCCAAUUAAAUGUUUCGUCACAUCGAAAAACAUAUUCAAUAGUGAUUUUAUUGCCUCGAUUCAUUCCAGAAACAUUAACAUGAGAGGUAGUUCAAUCAGUAACUAUGAAGAUGAAGAGUUACAGAACCUUCCAUCUUGUUCUAUGGGAAUUGGAGGUAGGAAGCAGUCAUUGCAAGAAGAAAAUGAACGGUUGAGAAAGGAACUAACCAAUGCUACGAAAAAAGUCAAUAACAUGAAUACUCAAUUGAGAGCUACAAAAAAAAAAGGAUUAUGAAAACGCAACUCUCUGCGAACGUUUUGUAUGGAGAAGGAACUCUCACGAAUUUUACAAAAUCUCUUGUGAAUAUGCGACAUACGAUAAAAUCCCCAUGGUUACUAUCUGAAAAGAAAACUUCCCUGUCAUUAUUUUAUACCUAAGGACCUAAUACAUACAGAUAUUUGCGACAAAAAGGGUUUAUUUUGCCAGCAAUAUCAACAGUGAAAUCACGGGUUGCCAAUUUCCGUUGCAAACCUGAAUUCAAUAAAAAAAUUUUAUGCACCUUACUUUAAAGGCGGAUACGAUGCUGGCUUACGAAAAGAAAUUUAUUCUGUUGUUCGACGAAAUGUCUAUUAAGAGGAAUCUUGAGUACAACAUGAAAACAGAUUUAAUUGAGUGUUUCGAAGAUCUGGGCGAGUUUGGAAGAAAGCCUUUCCCUGCCAGUGAAGCUCUAGCUCUCAUGAUCAGAGGAAUCUAUAGAAACUUGAAAAUUUCUAUUGCCUUCUUUGUAUCGAAUGGAGGGGUGUCAUAUGCUUCUUUAUGGUGUAUAAUUACCAAGGCAUUGGAAAAACUUUUGAACAAUAGUUUCAUAUUUAAUGGGCAGUUCAUAUGUUUUUCUGACAUUUGAAAAGUUUAUGAUCUUGAUAAAAGGAGCAAAACAGGAUAGAUCUUUUUGAAACUGACUGAUAAGCACAUCAAUCCGAAUUCUUUCGAAAAAAUGAAGUUUAAAUUAUUAUUGAGUCACAGUGUUUAUUCUGCCAUAAUGACAUCUUUGGAAAAUGGUGAACUUAUUUCAAGUAUAGCUAAAAACACAGCUGACUUUUGUUCUAACCAUGAACAAUUUAUUUGAUGCCCUGAAUAGUACACGUUCCCGAGUGGUAUGCAACAAAUGCAAUCUGUUGUAGUCAUAGGCAAUACAUUUUCAAUUUAUUAUUGCGAACUCAGAUUUUCAAAUAUUGUAAAACUUUUUCAAGUUCAUUAAAAAUUAGACAAACUAAAAAAAAUGAUAAAUUUUCAAUACUUCAGCAUAACUGUUAUAUAAUUUUAUAUUCAACAAUUUCAUAAAAAGUGUAGUUAUUAUUGUUACUUUAUUUAAUAUUUCUGUGCGAUAUUUUCUAAUAAAUUCAUUUACUAAAACUUUGAGUGUUUUAUUAGUUAUCUAAUAUGAAGGAUGCAAUUACCUCAGAGCAAAAAUCCGUGAUUCCUGACGUUUAUGCCAAAAUCUAACAUUUUUUUUAUGUACAUUAAUUUAUUUCAAUUUAUUCAUAAUAGUCCAAGCAUUAGGUAAUGCCAUAAGAUAUUUAUUGUCCAACCGACCUCUGACCUUCUAGAACCUUCAUGCUAAAAAAUUAUCAUCUAGGUAUCUUUAGAAUUAUAAGCAACAAAUAGAUUAAGUUCCGAAUAUCGACGACGGCAUUUCUUCAAGAAAGGACAUAUUUGCAUAAUUGAAGAAUUCUACAAUGUCAUUAAUUGAAUUAUUAGUACGAUAUUGUAUUACGAUACAUUUAGUAUAUUUCAUCUCGUUACGUUUAAAAUAUUAGCAUAGUUAGAACUUUUUACAAUUUAUUGUUUUUAAGUUUAUCAAAUAUAUUAAUACAGUACGAAAGCGGAACAAAAUCAAAAAUAUUUUUCCCAGGAAGAAAGGGGAAAAUGGAUAAAUCACAUAAAUCAACUAAAAGUUAAAAAAACCAUACAAAAUAGCCAGGACUUAUUUUUUCGCCUGUACAAAAUAUCAUCAAAAUAUGAAUGUUUCAAAAAUACAUUCAUGACCGAGGUUCUGAAAUCGCAAAUUGAUAUUAUUUCAGUCAGCAAAGGAAAGUAUAUAUAUUUUAUAUACCUUUGUGCAAGGAUCCUUGUUCCUAUCCCAAAUUUAAGUGAUUAACGAUUAAUGAAAAAUUAUUUGUUUCAUUUGC